AUGAGUGCCUGUGCCUCGAGGCCCGGUGCCUCGAGGCCCCCAGAUAUGCAUGUCUCUGUUCAUGAUCUCGCUCUUGUUAAUCUUGGCAUAGAUAAUAAUAUCCCUGAUGAUGACAGGCAGGUUGCUCUUAAUGUGCAGGUCCGUCUUCAACAUCAUGGUGAUCUGCUCAGUUAUAUUCCUGCGCGGAUCCUCAUUGGUCUUCAUGUUGCUGGUCAUCAUGUCGCAGUUAAGAUUGAGCUCAUCUGUCCUUUCAACAAUCUAGGGCCGCACGCCCUGCUUUUUUUGGGACAAGAACAAGACCCCGACCAUGUGCUUGAGUAUCUAGCUGCAUGUUCCGCUGAGGUUCCCUUCCUCACCACCUCCGCGGAUUGUACAUCAGCUUGCCAGACCUGGCCCAAGAGCGAGGGCGCUAGCGCUGCUCCACCGGUGUUCCCCAUGACUAUCAUGCUUCUCAUGUCGGAGCAUCUGGGACGUGCCGUCUGGACACUGCCAUCGGGCAUCUCCGUCCAUCCGAUCAUCAUCAUGAUCAGUUUGCAUGACUAA